CAGACUUUUUUCUAGUGUGAGGGAGUUACUAAUGACUCUAGACUGACAAACAGUUUGUAAUUUGCAGGAAUAGUAGCGUUCUUUCUCGUAUUUACAUUAAAACACUCAUAGAGGUGUCAGGUGUUCCUAUCGCCACUGCGUUCACACCACUUGGUAGCCCAACCCAUGCUGCCGUAUCACCCAGGGGUAACACCCAGUCUCCUCCACCCACCACACUACCGCCAUGACUACAAAGCACCUCUUUGCACAUUUUGAUUCUCUGCAUCACACGGCACACCUGUGACACCUUAAUCUACACUCAGUUGUAUGUCCAGCUAUACUUUAAGUAGUAUCUAUUAAUCUACACACAGACUGCAUCUCCGAGGUGUAUAUUUUCCAGCUUCCGAACCACCACACAACGAUGGCGCCUUCAAUUCUGCAAAAUGGUGGAUUCAUCUUGGGUCUCAUCGGUGCAGCUGCCCUCAUUGCGGCCACAGCCAUGAACAACUGGAGCGUGAAGGACAGGCAGGAGCAGGUCGUGACCUCCGUUUAUACCUACAAGGGUCUGUGGCAAGACUGUGAGACGACCUCCGCCGGACUCACAGAGUGCCGCCCGCUCUACGGCCUUCUGGGUUACUCAGGUACCUUCCAGGCGGUGCGAGCUCUGAUGAUAGUGGGUGUGGUGCUGAGUGUGCUCGGGAUGCUGAUAUCAGUCUUUUCCCUGAGCUGCCUCACAAUGAACAAGAUGGCAGAUAGCGCAAAGGCUAAGAUGAGCCUCACUGCUGGCAUCAUGUUCGUCAUCGCAGGUGUGUGUGGCAUUGCAGGAGCUUCUGUGUAUGCCAAUCAAAUUGUGGAAAGUUUCAGGACGUCCACCUACACCAGCUACACACAAGAAAUGAUGGGAGAAGGGAUGAACAUGGGAAUGGGCGGAGUAGGAAUAACCACUUACACAUUUGGCCCAGCACUGUUCGUUGGCUGGAUCGGCGGGGGCGUCCUGCUCAUUGGUGGCAUCCUGAAGUCUCUCGCUUUCAGAGAGAUGAUAAAAGAUGAGAAACCACGUUACCCAGGGGUUGUGUACAAACCUCAGUCCAACAACAAAACUGAAGUGAUGGACCACCGCUCAGAGGGAGGCAAGAAAGAGCACCAGUAUGUGUAACCUCAGCCCCAGCGUAAACACGUGUAGUCUGACUUUACUAUAGAAAUGUGUUUCCAGCUUUACACGUUCAGUUUGCCUUAUAAGGGGAUUUAUUUUCAUUUGCUUCAUAUAUGCAUUCAAUUGUGCGUUUUUAUUUUCUGAUAGUAGAAGUUAGCAGUGUCUCACAUCUGUCCAGCUGCAGGUGCAAGGAAAGAGUUUUUGGCUAUAUUAUUAUUUUUAUUUUUUUACAUGGACAUAACAGUGGUUAUGUGAUGCUCAGAUGCUGCAUGUAACUGAAGCUUCUUUUUUUACUUGAGUUUUGUGUAAUCAUUAUCUGUCUGAAAAUAAAACAGUGAUUCCUAAAAUAUGUGCACCAAGUGCUUGUGGUCGCUCCAAGCAUUUAC